UCCACAUCAGAAGAAUAAGAUGAAUCAUUUGGGAAGCAGAUAUUCUGCUUUGUAUUGCUUUCUCCACCUUUGUCUGCUCAGGGGUUGUGCAUCCCUAUACGUAACAGCGAAAGUGGGAACAGCCGUUUCUCUACCAUGCACCUAUGCUGCGUGGAAAUAUGGCCGGCUGCCAUUCUGCUGGGCCAGAGAAUCUACAUCCGCCUUCGGCUGUAACAAUCAGGUGAUACAGUCAGACGGGACCAAUGUACUCAGCAGGCUGUCAUGGCGUUACUCUCUUGCAGGUAAUCUUGCUACAGGAGACGCCUCGCUCAGAAUCAGCCAGGUUCAGGAGAGUGACUCGGGUAAAUAUAUCUGUCGAGUGGAAAUACCCGGCUGGUUCAACGAUCAGAAAACCGAGAAUACUCUCUAUGUCUUUCCAGGAGAGCCCUCUCAGCCACAGGUAUAUCUAAGAGAGCUGAAGCAAAGAGCUGUCACAGUUAGCUGGAGUCCUCCAUUUAAUGGUGGCAGAGUCAUUACAGCCUACCUGAUUGAUAUUAAAAGCAGAGACGCUUCAUGGAAUACAGCUGUAAGAAGUCAGGUUGUACAGACUGUGGCGACUUUGGUUGAUUUGCGUCCUGCGGCGACCUACGAACUGCGCUUGUUUGCUGUCAACAGUGUGGGGACGAGUGCCGCGAGCAAUGUCCUGACCGUUACGACACAUGAAGCAGCACCGGAGGGCCCCCCAAUCAAUGUGAAGCUCCAGGCCCUCAGUUCUGACAGCAUUAAAGUUACUUGGAAGCCUCCGAGUGUUGAACUCAGAAACGGCGUUCUGCGCAGUUAUAUAGUCAGCUACAGAGAGUAUGACCCUGAAACCCGGCAAUUUCAAAACUGGCAGCAACUUAGCGUGAUCGCCACAAGUGAAGAGGAGAGCGCCGUUCUGACCAACCUGAAGCCUUCAACCCAGUACAAUGUUCACGUUCAGGCUAAAACAAAUGCAGGACUAGGACCAGUUUCAACCGCGCUUUUCUGCACCACUCUGGAUGAAGUUAAAGAAACAACAGCGGCCACUACUCUGUUGUCUACUGCUGCUGCAUCCACAAAGCUGAUGCAGUAUACAAGUCUUACUACUCUGCCUCCAGAUCCACCUGUAAUUGUGUUAAAGGAGGUGACAGACAACACGAUUUCACUUUCCUGGACUCCUGGCUUUGAAGGUGACAGCCCCAUUACUGGUUUUUACCUGGAGUAUAAAGCAGCAAAUGCUUCAUGGGAUUACACAAAGACUGUCAUAGAGUUCAGCUCCAAUGAGACAGAGGCCACAAUAAUAGAGAUGUAUCCUUCGACAUACAACAUCCGCAUGUUCGCUACAAACAGUGUGGGCACCAGUAAACCCAGCAACGUUCUCAACAUCACCAUCGAAGAAACAGGUCAGCAAAACAGCAGUUCCACCAUGUCAACUAUUACUGAGGUUUCUAUGUUUGCCGAGAACAGAGGUGGUGUUUAUACAACUGGCAUCAUUGUGCUGGUUGUGCUGGUGGUAUUGAUUGGUGCCAUUGUGACCGGUUGGCAACUUCGACGUUGCUCAGUUUAUGACAAAGGAUCUAAGCCAUUACAGGAGCUGUGAAACUCACUCCACAUUCAACUUUCUGAAACUCUUAACUCAUAUUGCCAAUUCUAUUUAAUAUGCAACAAUGUUUUAUUUUUAUUUUGUUCUGUUAAUGUACUAAAUGUGCUAAUUUGUCAUAUUCACAUGUAUUUGAGUCAAACUAACCACAGGAUAGGAUUUGGAUGUUAGAAGUGCUUUCCUGAGGUUCAGAUGUUCUGGAGGAGGUUAGAAAUGCAUCACAUUGCACCAAUAUUUCAUGUUUUCUGUACAAAUAUGUAUUUGUGAUACACUGACAAAAUCAAAAUGAAACAUUUUUGCU